AUGGCGCCCCCAGGCCCCCCAGACUGGGGCGAACUGCCCGAGGAGCUGCUGUGCCGUGUGCUCUCGCUGGCUGGCAGGGACCAGGGCCCCAUCGUCACGCUCGUCAACCGGCGCUGGCGGAGCUGCUUCUAUGCGGAACCCAGCCUGUGGAGGAGCCUGGAGAUUAGGCCCGGCACGCUGGCCGCCCUGAGCGCCCCCGACAAGCGGGGGUGGUUUGCCGGCAAGCUGCGCCUGGUGCGCCUUGUCGGCCCGCUGCUGCAAGAGCUGCGGCUGGUGGAUGCAGAAGCUGUCAUCGAGGAUGCAGCCGGCAGCACGCCCGGUGCCUGGCGGCUGGCAGACCUGCUGCGCUGCCUGGAGGCCAGGGAAUUCAGCAGCCUGGCCAUCAUCAGAAACUUGGGGCGCGACGUCUUCGAGGACGGCUUCCCAUUCCCGGAGCUGCACCGCCUGAUGCAGACAACAAAGCUGGACCUGGCGGCUGGCCGCCUCACACACGCGGCACAGCUGCUGGGCGGCUUGACGCAGCUGCGCCACCUGAGCUGCAUCUUUGGCAACCCGCCGCCCGACGAGUUCGCUAGCGUCGUGGCCCAGCUGGCGCACCUUGCAACCCUGAAGCUCUAUGCCCCCGCCUUCCCGCCCCUGCAAUCCCUGACGCGGCUGCAGCACCUGCGGCACUGUUCGCUGUGGUGUCAUUGGGGGCCUGAUGCGCCGCUGCCAAGCCCGUCCCUGUUCCCCAGACUGGAGUCUUGCAGCCUGAAGGCCAUCUGGGGUCGGCUGCUGGAGGUGAGCCAGCAGCCAGGAGCGAGCAAGCUGGCAGCUGCACCUGCCCUCUAA